UCACCGUCAUCGUCCAAGGGACGGAAUUCGGCCGAUACCAACGGGAAGGAGUUCGUUUUGUAUGGCCCUCGAGAGAAGGAGACCAAUACCUCGAACAAUGUCGAUAAGGGAAGAACCCAGAGAGCAAAACGAUCGGAAGCGCGGGCCUACCGAUUUGCUCCGUCUGGUCGCCCCCCCGUGCCCCUACCUCCAACCGGUGCUGGGGGUCGAGAGGAUCAGGGAUCACGAAACGGCGGUCCGCCACAGCAAGCGGCGAGCGGGUUGCGGCCUGAUCCGGAGGACGCUGGGGGCCAGGGAGUAAAACCCGCCAGUCCGUUGGGCCAAGUCUUCCGCGGAAGAAUGUCCCCAUUGCAACCCAAUCGGGCCGGAGUCGGGGGUCAGCGAGUGCAACCCGCUAGUCCGCUGCGGCAAGGGUUCGGCGGAGGGGUACGCCCCGACCCUGGCGUCCUUGGUGAUCGGAGAUUGCCACCCGCUAGUCCAUUGGGGCGAGCGCUCCGAGGAGGGGUACGCCCACCGUCGCAACCGGAUCCAGCCGUAGCCGGGGGAGCAGCGGUCCGCACGGAAGCGGGUCGACCCUCGAAAGACCGGCUCGACAAACUCGUCAACGAACACAACGAGAUCGUAUCUCUCGGCGAUACUGCAUCGGGCGCGAUCUUUGUGAAGCGGUUGAAGGAAGAAGAGGCCGCUCGCAAGUUGAAGGAAGAAGAGGCCGCUCGCAAGUUGAAGGAAGAAGAGGCCGCUCGCAAGUCGGCGAAAGAAGCGGCAAAAUGGGAGCGAGUGGCCAGACUGGCGCUGGAGGCGGAGGCCGAACGUCAACGGAAGGCCGCCGAGGCCGCUCGCAAGUUGGCGGAAGAAGAGGCAGAACGUGAGCGACAGGCCAGAGUGGCCGCGGGGGCGGAGGCCAAAGUGGCUGAUGAAGAAAAGAGAAAAGGGUCGUUGAAACCGAAGGUGACGUGGGACGAGCGCAUUCAGGAAAGGAUAUUCUACGAUGAACCCGAGGGAACGGAGCACCCAUUAUCGGAGACAGGGCGUUUAAAAUCACCAGCGGAUGUUGAAGGACGCCGUCCGCAAAGUAUCGUAGAUAUGGAUCCUCGCAAAAACCCUUCAGAUGGCACUCAGGAACAAACAUUUGAGAGUAGAGGAAGAAGCUGGACCGAGCGGACGGCUGGAACGCCUUCGGACACCCGCGAACGACUCAUGUAUCGCGACAUGGGUCGAGGGGAGAUUGAUGUAGAGAAUGGAAACGUACGAGAAGAUCAAGACGAUGGAGAGAUCUCAUUCGAAGAGCCGUUGCCGAAUUCGGGUCCUCUCGAGAGGCCGCUUGGACCGGAUUUGGACGCCCGUGAACGACCGGACGUAGGAGACAACGAAGAAGAGGCAGAACGUGGGCGACAGGCCAGAUUGGCGGAGGAAGCGGAAGCGGACGCCGAACGUACCCGGAAGGCCGAGGAGGCCGCUCGCAAGUUGGCGGAAGAGGCAGAACGUGAGCGACAGGCCAGAGUGGCCGCGGGGGCGGAGGCCAAAGUGGCUGAUGAAGAAAAGAGAAAAGGGUCGUUGAAACCGAAGGUGACGUGGGACGAGCACAUUCAGGAAAGGGUAUUCUACGAUGAACCCGAGGGAACGGAGCACCCAAUAUCGGAGACAGAGCGUUUAAAAUCACCAGCGGAUGUUGAAGGACGCCGUCCGCAAAGUAUCGUAGAUAUGGAUCCUCGCAAAAAGCCUUCAGAUGGCACUCAGGAACAAACAUUUGAGAGUAGAGGAAGAGGCUGGACCGAGCGGACGGCUGGAACGCCUUCGGACACCCGCGAACGACUCAUGUAUCGCGACAUGGGUCGAGGGGAGAUUGAUGUAGAGAAUGGAAACGUACGAGAAGAUCAAGACGAUGGAGAGAUCUCAUUCGAAGAGCCAUUGCCGAAUUCGGGUCCUCUCGAGAGGCCGCUUGGACCGGAUUUGGACGCCCGUGAACGACCGGACGUAGGAGACAACGAAGAAAGAGGCGGAAAUGAUGACGUACAUGACGACGAAACCAGAUCGGACGACGGAAGAUUUUCGAUCGAGGCCCUCUUACGGCGGCUGAGAGACACGGACGCCAAUAUUGGGGAGGGGAAGAUACUGCGAGAGUAUGUGCGUAGAGCGCAUGAGCGGGGAAUCACCCGUGGCGCUGUCAUAAACGGUUGGGACCAGCCGUCGGAUAUACGACGCACGAAGAGGAGGGCGGUAGGGUCGGAUCACGUCGCAACGGGUCCCGGGUACGAUAGGGGGGCGCUGUUGAGCACGGGCGACGACAUGAUCAGCGCAGCGGAGGAUUACAUCAGAAAUCAAGAAGGUCACGUGUUCGUAUUUGGUAGCGAAGGCGCUCUCGACGCCCUCCGGCCGAAUCCGGGUGUCAUCGUGGUUCCCUCGAGUGGACGGCAACUCCCUCCUUGGGUCUGGAUGCACGGCAACCUUCUGUUCAUCGGGAAAACCCAGAUCUCGAACGCCGUACGACAACGCCUCGAGAGCGUGACCGGGCAACAGUACCCGAAGGACGACCCGAAGGGGCUGAGAUUCGCGCAGCUGAUGAACGUCUUCAGGAAUCGCGACAGAACGGUCCGACUACGGAACGGGGCGGAGCGGGGCAACUGGCGUCUCUCUGAGUCUCUGAAAAAGGCCGAGGAGGCCGCUCGCAAGUCGGCGGAAGACGAGGCAGAACGUCGACGGAAGGCCGCCGAGGGGGCGGGGGCGGAGGCCAAAGUGACUGAUGAAGAAAAGAGAAAAGGGUCGUUGAAACCGAAGGUGACGUGGGACGAGCGCAUUCAGGAAAGGAUAUUCUACGAUGAACCCGAGGGAACGGAGCUCCCAUUAUCGGAGACGGGGCGUUUAAAGUCACCAGCGGAUGUUGAAGGACGCCGUCCGCAAAGUAUCGUAGAUAUGGAUCCUCGCAAAAAGCCUUCAGACGGCACUCAGGAACAAACUUUUGAGAGUAGAGAAAGAGGCUGGACCAAGCGGACGGCUGGAACGCCUUCGGACACCCGCGAACGACUCAUGUAUCGCGACAUGGGUCGAGGGGAGAUUGAUUUAGAGAAUGGAAACUUACGAGAAGAUCAAGACGAUGGAGAGAUCUCAUUCGAAGAGCCAUCGCCGAAUUCGGGUCCUCUCGAGAGGCCGCUUGGACCGGAUUUGGACGCCCGUGAACGACCGGACGUAGGAGACAACGAAGAAAGAGGCGGGAAUGAUGACGUACACGACGAAGAAACCAAAUCGGACGACGGAGGAUUUUCGAUCGAGGCCCUCUUACGGCGGCUGAGAGAAACGGGCGCCAAUAUUGGGGAGAGGAAGAUACUGCGAGAGUAUGUGCGGAGAGCGCAUGAGCGGGGAAUCACCCGUGGCGCUGUCAUAAACGGUUGGGACCAGCCGUCGGAUAUACGACGCACGAAGAGGAGGGCGGUAGGGUCAGAUCACGUUGCGACGGGUCCCGGGUACGAUAGGGGGGCGCUGUUGAGCACGGGCGACGACUUGAUCAGCGCAGCGGAGGAUUACAUCAGAAAUCAAGAAGGUCACGUGUUCGUAUUCGGUAGCGAAGGCGCUCUCGACGCCCUCCGGCCGAAUCCGGGUGUCAUCGUGGUUCCCUCGAGUGGACGGCAACUCCCUCCUUGGGUCUGGAUUCACGGCAACCUUCUGUUCAUCGGGAAAACCCAGAUCUCGAACGCCGUACGACAACGCCUCGAGAGCGUGACCGGGCAACAGUACCCGAAGGACGACCCGAAGGGGCUGAGAUUCGCGCAGCUGAUGAACGUCUUCAGGAAUCGCGACAGAACGGUCCGACUACGGAACGGGGCGGAGCGGGGCAACUGGCGUCUUUCUGAGUCUCUGAAAAAGGUCAUCGACGCAGCCUCGAAGCGCCGGAAGGGACUGGAACUGGAUGGCCUGAUACGGCUUCGGGCAUCUCUGGAUCGGAUGAAAAAUACCGUCAGUGCGGAUGAGGAGCACGCGGGUGUCGCCGGAUCUAUCCGAUAUCGUGCGGAUGGGGAACGCGCUCAAGAGGAAGGAACCGGCGACCCCGAAGCUUCUGAGAAUGCAGAGCCUGAAACGGACUCGUUGGAGCACGUCGAUCCCUCUGGAGAAACGGAAAGGUUCGAUCGCCCACCGGAGGGAGAUCCCGUACCAGACGGAGCGGAGCCUGCAGGUGUUCUACGCGCGUACCCGGAACGGUUCAUAGAUCUAGAGGGCAAAGAGCAGGCGGAUCGGGAAGACGACUAUGAGAGGAUUUCCGAUUCGGACGUCGGCGACACCUCUUCGGAAUCCGAUGCUGAGAGCCACCUUCCGUCGCCCGUCGUCACCGGCCCGGGGAGAGAUCGGGGCAGUCUGGUGCGGUGCGUCGGCGACAUGGCUGCGGCUGCGAUCUUGUAUGCUUCGGAGCAGCAAGACGUGGUGUUCUUCGUCACCAACAUUCCGCCCCGCGAUUUCGAGGCGUUUGACGACUCCCUGUGCGUGUAUCGAGUGAUCAAGCCGGGGGAGGUGUUGAAAGCUCUUCCGGAGUGGGCGUGGAGGACGGGAAACCUCUUGUUUAUGGGACCGACGACUAUGUCGCAUGCCGUGCGGCGUAAGCUGCUCGAGAUGAAGAUCGCUGGGGCGCUCGUGUAUCCAAAGGUGUCUUUCUUCUUGUGCGGGCCCGAAGCGGACGACAGAGGCUUGCGUGCGGACCUGGAUGCCGUGAUCUGA